ACCCAAUAUCGAGACUUCAUAUAUAAAAUUCCCAUACCUCAGUGAUUAGGGUUUCUGAUUCUCGGAGCAAAAAGAAGAGCAAGCAGCGGCGCAGAAGUUGAACACAAGUCAAGCUCACGAUGGCGAGGAUUAAGGUUCACGAGUUGAGGGAAAAGUCGAAGAGCGAUCUUCAAAACCAGCUUAAGGAACUCAAAGCUGAGCUCGCUCUCCUUCGUGUCGCCAAAGUCACCGGAGGUGCUCCUAACAAGCUCUCUAAAAUCAAGGUUGUGCGUAAAUCCAUAGCUCAGGUUUUGACAGUGUCCUCUCAGAAGCAGAAGUCUGCUCUAAGAGAAGCAUACAAGAACAAGAAGUUUCUUCCUCUUGAUCUCCGUCCCAAGAAGACCCGUGCUAUCCGCAGACGUCUCACCAAACACCAGGCCUCUUUGAAGACAGAGCGUGAGAAGAAGAAGGAGAUGUAUUUCCCAAUAAGGAAGUACGCUAUCAAAGUUUAAGUUUAGCUGCUAGAAACUGUUUCUACUUUGGUUUUUGAUGGAAACUUGUUCUUGUUCUUUUUCACUUGUUUUGUCGUCUCAAACAGUUUCUGAUACUUGGAUUUUGGUUAUUAUUGAUGAUCUUUUGCUUCUAUAUUUU